AUGACUGGACUUCUUGUUCUCUCAGUUCCUCUCAAUGAAGCUUGCAACUAUAAACCCGCGAUUCUGCAUUCACGAGCAGGUACUUCAUCCUCACUUGCUUUUGCACCUGAUCUUACAGUGCCGUAUCAGUCCUCACAUCAACUGCAACGAGGCCUGGUUCAUUCAGGUCUUCCUGGUUCGGGAAACUCCAUCGAUACAUUACUUAAAUCUAUCUAUCCUUUUUUAGCUGUUACGAGUGGUGGCUACAAAGAGCGUUCAUCGCAGUUACCUAAUGAUGAGCUACAUAAUGUUGUCGAGAUGGGUCUCUGCACGAGUGCACCCCUGCAUAUUCGUGAAGGUUCUUUGCCAUCAGGCCAGAUGAAAGAAGAACCCUGAACUUGUUGUAGAUAUUAACUGCUUAACACUUCCUGUUUGUUGGGUAUAAGGAACAUAUGGGAAGACGUCACAAGGCGCUCCAUAUGAAGAAGUUCCUACUUUUAUUUGUACAGCUAAUACACGAACAUGGUGUUUAUGGUGCACGUGACCUCCUUCUAUUCGCGAGUGCUAUAUAAUUUGGCUACCAAAGAAGUAAAACUUGUAUCAGGAGACACAUUUUCAUGAACAAUAUCAAACGAGGGUUCGAGGAAAGUAUGCAUUAUCCAGACAUAUAUGCAAAGCAAAAUAGGUAUUGCAGUUUGAUCUCAAGUCUUGAACCAGUACUCAUGCACUUAUUACUUCUGUCUCAUCUUAUGUGAUGUACUUUAACUGAACACGACGUGUAAUGAAACUCUUCAAAAAUAUUGAUGGAUGCUUGAAGG